AUGAUUUGCCCCGCCUGCCGUUUGAGCCUCCGCGUGAAUGUAGGUCAACGUUAACGAAAUACUAUGUUUACAGUUAUUUAGAUUCAUAAUCCUUAACACCACAUUGUUAUUGUGACGAAAUCUGGAGUUAUUGGCUAAACUUGGAGCAGCAGAGCCAAGUUGUUAAGUAUGUUCCAGAGGCUAGCUGUGCUCCUGCGGCGGCCCGCUGCUGCUCCCCUUGCAGCGGCGGCGGUACGAUGCGUGUCCACGGGCUCAAUGCACAUCACGGCCCCGCUGAACUUCUGGGCUGGGAAGAGAAGGACGGGCGAAGGAAAAAGUAACAUGGAAAAUGUAUUCGAACCUGCAACAGGCCGUGUCUUGUGUAAUUUAGAGACAUGUGGUGCUGCUGAUGUCGAUCAGGCUGUGAAGGCUGCCAUGUCAGCCUUUGGCCACUGGAGUAAGAUGUCUGGAAUGGAGAGAGGCAGGGUCAUGAUAGAAGCUGCUCAUAUCAUUGAGAACAGGAGAGAGGAGAUUGCUGAAAUGGAGGUGGUCAAUAAUGGAAAGUGCAUCACAGAGGCCCGUCUGGAUGUGGACUCUGCCAGACUGUGUAUAGAGUACUAUGCAGGGCUGGCCAGCACUUUGGCAGGCCAGCAUAUCCAGUUGCCGGGAGGAUCCUUUGCCUACACACGUAGGGAGCCUUUGGGAGUCUGUGUUGGCAUCGGUGCCUGGAAUUAUCCUUUCCAAAUAGCUGCCUGGAAAUCAGCUCCAGCCCUGGCCUGUGGCAACUCCAUGGUGUUCAAACCCUCACCGGUGACGCCUGUAACAGCGGUCCUGCUGGCAGAGAUCUAUGCUCAGGCCGGAGCUCCAGAAGGGCUGUUCAACGUGGUGCAGGGCGGCCAGGAGACGGGCAGCUUACUCUGCCACCACCCUGAUGUUGCUAAGGUGUCUUUCACUGGGAGUGUCCCAACAGGCAAGAAGAUUAUGGAGAUGGCAUCCAAAGGGGUGAAGCCUGUAACUCUGGAGCUUGGGGGGAAAUCUCCUCUCCUCAUCUUUCAGGAUAGUGAUCUGGAGAACGCUGUGAAGGGAGCUCUCAUGGCCAAUUUCCUUUCUCAAGGCCAGGUCUGUAGCAAUGGUACAAGGGUCUUUGUUCAGAAGGAUAUUCUUCCUGAAUUUGUCGAUGGGGUGGUGAAGAGGACCCAGGCCAUUAAGAUUGGAGACCCGCUGUUGGAGAGCACCAGAAUGGGAGCACUGGUCAGCCGGCCACAUCUAGACAAAGUCCUAUCCUUUGUGGAGCAGGCAAAGAAGGAGGGAGCUACAGUGUUGUGUGGAGGUGAAGCUUUUGUCCCGUCUGACCCCAAACUAAGAGAUGGAUACUAUAUGACCCCAUGUGUUUUGGCCAACUGUACAGACGACAUGACCUGCGUGAAGGAGGAGAUCUUCGGUCCUGUCAUGUCUGUGUUGUCUUUUGAAACAGAAGAGGAGGUGCUACAGAGAGCCAAUGACACCACCAUGGGACUAGCUGCAGGAAUUUUCACCAGGGAUGUGAGGCGAGCCCAUCGUGUGGUUGAACACCUCAAAGCUGGUUCCUGUUUCAUCAACAACUACAACAUCACCCCUGUGGAGGUGCCAUUUGGAGGAUUCAAAAUGUCAGGCAUAGGGCGAGAGAACGGCCAGGUGACCAUUGAACACUACUCCCAGCUGAAGACGGUGUUUGUGGAGAUGGGAGAUGUGGACAGCCUCUUCUAGGAAACACAGAUUUAGAGGAAGGUGGAGCUCCAACACUGAUCCAGUGACUGAAACGGAUUAUCUGGACCAGGACAAUAUUUGCAUCACUCAGGGAACGUCCAUCAAACGUUUGUGAUCAGAGUGAUCAGAAGUAGCGGUAAGUCUUUAUCAGAGGAGUUGAAGGAGUCCGUCCUCAAAAUGAGCCAUGACAGAUUUCUGUACUUUGUGAAUCUGAGGCAAAUGGAUAUUUUGGGAAUUAAGCAGAAUAAUGAAAUGUAACAUUUGAACUAAUGACAAACAUCAUUUCCUGUGCCAAAUAGACAUUAUUACUUUUUUUUUUAGUUUUUGAACCUUGAUUAAUUUCAGCUGCUGCAACAAGCUUGUGAGUCAUAUAAUGUGUUAAAUGAUUUGCACUACCUUCCUGCUUUUGUUUUUUUAUUCUGUGUGCAGAAAAAUACAUUUUUUACAGUUGUACAAAAAAAAUCAAAAAUGUUUACAAGUUAAGCUUUAUUUCAUGAACAGUACACAUCAAUAUAUUUUUAUAAACAAUUAAUAAAUAAUGAAGCACUUUUUAACCGAUUUCAUUAAUAAUCUAGAUUAUACACAUAAACUUUUCAUAUAAUGUUUAAAUUAGAACUGUGGCAACAACAUCCUGCCUACUGAGUAAUUAGUUAUUUAGGUACCGAAACUGUACACAUGUAUUGUUCAAGUAAAUUGUAACAUAACAUAAAACAAUGUUUCAAUAAAAUUAA